GAGUACGCAUGUAUCCCGGCAGCAUUAGCGGAAGAAGGCGGGGUUCCGCACGCUUUAGGAGGGUUUGAGCUGCUCGGGAAUAAAAAGUGAAACUUUUCCGACAUCAUGAACGGUUCCUCACACAGCGCGCCGAGUGUUGUAGAAAUGACGCUGAAAAGAGGCCCGGCUGGUCUGGGGUUUAAUAUAGUGGGUGGAGUUGACCAGCAGUAUAUUAUGAAUGACAGUGGAAUCUAUGUGGCAAGAAUCAAAGAAGAUGGAGCAGCUGCACUGGAUGGACGUCUGCAGGAGGGAGACAAAAUUAUUGCGAUAAAUGGACAGAAUUUGGACAAUCUGUCUCACGGUGCAGCAGUGGAGCUGUUUCGGUCUGCAGGAGAGGAAGUGCAUCUUCGAGUACAGCAGGGACUAAACCUGCAGAACGGCCCCACCAGCUCUCGUGCCGAUGGAGAAUCUUCAUCUGCUUUCAGCACAUGGACAAUGUAUACUGUAGUCGCCUUGGCAGUAAUAGCAGCAGGUUUCAUGGCUUACAAACGCCUACGCUUGCAUCCCCGGGCGUCACGAGGCCCAUUUUAACCCAUUACAUGAUUAAAUGACAUUUUACAGACUAAAUUUUUCUUUUUUUUUUGGACCGUUUCUGCUGAAGGCCCAAACAUUAACAGGGAUUGAAAAUGGAAACCAGUUAAUGUAAGCAGAACUUGCAGAUUUUCUUUAAUUGUUUAGACCAUGAUAUGACCACACACUUGUAGAUGUAACAGGUUUUCACAGUUCAUUUGGUGAUAAUCACUGGCGCUUAAACAGAAUACCCAGCAUGCCUGAUGAGAUUGCAGGGUGGAAUAAGGGAACAGGGAUGAUGAGCACGGUGUUUGGAUCAACAGCAUCAGAAAUCUCUGGACUAGACAGAGGGACCACAGGCAGGAGACAGAGGCCGAGGUGGAACUGUGUUUCUGGGCAGAAGAUGGGCCCACAGAAGAAUGAUUUUUCUGGCUUGCCAGAGUGCUGGAACGAGCCCAAGGUGUGCCAUUACAUUAUUUGAGGUCUUCUCAGGUACCUGCUUGUGCAAGAGUAUGUUUGAAAGCGUGCAUGAUGUGAAUGGAGUCAGCUUUUUCUUUUUUAAUACUUUAAUUUCUCACUCCAUACAUGCAGGGUGCGUUGCAGCAUUAGUGAUGGGGGAGGUAAAGAUGUUUAAACUGUUUAUUUGCCAUCAUGGCUUUGCCUUGUAUUUGGUUUUCCUCCCUUGGGG